AAAUCUGUAUCAACUCACAUCAACGGCCUCCCUGUAAAUUCUCACGUAUUAUUAAUAUUUCUUUUUGCUUCUACCUGUUCCCUCAUGGAUUGAAUUGCACCAUCGUUUGCGAUCUUUCUCUCUCUACAACCACGGGCGCUUGUUUCUCUCUCUAGGGGUUUUUGGCGGAGUUGAAGUGCGAUUUGAUUUUGGGCUGCGAUUUUGUAGGGUUUUAGUCGCGUCCGGGAGCUGAGGAGGAGGAGUUCUGCUUGAUUAAUUUAUUGUUCGCCGUCGCAACGGGUGGUUCGCGGAGUCCUCCAGCGACAAUUGCGACCUGCUCGUUUCGAUUUUGGUCUGCUUUUCCUCUCGAGGAAAACAGAAAUACAAUCUCCACUAUUGCAUUCAGAAAUGCUUCUGAUUGGAACUUGAAUGAUUGCCAGCAUGGACUUGAAUGCCUCCCCUGAACCAGAAGAGGAAGAGGUUUUCCAUGAACAACAGUCAGAAGAAGAUAAUGUGCAGGAAGAACAUAUAGAAUACAAUGAACAUGUGGACCAUGAGCAGAGUGGUGCCUCACUUGCACGCCGGGUAUCAUUCUGUCUUAUUUUGAACCAGCAGAGACCUAAUAGUAGACUUCCUCCAGGUUGGUUAGACUGUCCUGCUUAUGGAAAUGAGAUAGGAGGGUUUUUGAUCCCUUCAAAAGUUCCUCUAGGUGAAUCAUUCAAUGAAGAAAUUCUCCCUGGUAAAAGAUACUCAUCUAAGCAGGUGGUCCAUCAACAGAGAGUUUUAAAUAGAAAGAUCGGUUUGGUGAUUGAUUUGACCAAUUCAAGUAGAUACUAUAAUGUCAAUGACUGGAGGAAAGAAGGUAUUAAGCAUGUCAAGAUUCCAUGCAAGGGGCGUGAUUCAGUACCUGAGAAUGAGGCUGUAAAUAAGUUUGUCUAUGAGGUCCAACAAUUUCUGGCUCGGCAAAGGCAACCGAAAAAGCAUAUUCUUGUUCACUGCACACAUGGGCAUAAUCGUACAGGAUAUAUGAUUGCCCAUUAUCUCAUGCGUACAAUGCCUAUGUCCGUGACUCAGGCAAUCAAGAUAUUUUCUGAUGCACGUCCACCGGGGAUUUACAAACCAGACUACAUUGAUGCCUUGUAUAGUUUUUAUCAUGAGAAAAAACCAGAGAUGGUUGUUUGCCCUACAACCCCAGAGUGGAAAAGAUCUUCUGAACUGGAUCUGAAUGGUGAUGCAGUGCCGGAUGAUGAUGACGAUGAUGGAGAUUCUACCGCUCCUCCAGAUGAGACUAAUGAGACACGGACAACACUGACAAAUGAUGACCUUCUGGGAGAUAAAAUUCCUAGUGACCAAGAAGUAGUGAUGCGGCAGUUUGUCUUACAGACUAUGAAGUUGCCUGGAGGGGUUAGAGGACCUCAGCAUUUUCCUGGCUCACAUCCAGUUUCUCUCAACAGGGAGAACUUACAACUGUUAAGACAACGCUACUAUUAUGCAACAUGGAAAGCUGAUGGUACAAGAUACAUGAUGCUUAUCACUAUGGAUGGCUGCUAUUUGAUAGAUAGGCAUUUCAGCUUUCGGAGAGUCCAAAUGCGAUUUCCUUGCAGGCAUACUAAUGAAGGAGGGGCUGAGAAAACGUAUCAUCAUUUUACUUUACUUGAUGGGGAGAUGGUAAUUGAUACCAUGCCUGAUACACAGAAGCAAGAAAGAAGAUACCUUGUCUAUGAUAUGAUGGCCAUUAAUCAGGUUUCCCUUGUAGAGCGACCAUUUUACGAACGUUGGAAAAUGGUCGAGAAGGAAAUUAUUGAGCCUCGGAAUUUCGAGAGACAACUCAUAUAUCAAAGCCCAAACCCUUACUAUAGAUAUGAAUUGGAGCCUUUCAGGGUAAGGAGGAAAGAUUUUUGGCUUCUUUCUACUGUCACAAAACUCCUGAAGGGAUUUAUUCCAAAUCUUUCCCACGAUGCAGAUGGUCUUAUUUUCCAGGGCUGGGAUGAUCCUUAUGUUCCUCGGACACAUGAGGGUCUCUUAAAGUGGAAGUAUCCCGAGAUGAAUUCAGUGGACUUUCUCUUUGAGAUGGUUGAAAAUCGCCAGCUACUCUAUCUUAAUGAGCGUGGAAAGAAGAAAUUGAUGGAUAAUAAUAGGGUUGCCUUUCCGGAUGAUGGGCCUGAUGCAUCAGCAUAUAAUGGUAAAAUUAUUGAGUGUUCGUGGAACUCCGAGGAAGACGUGUGGGUUUGUAUGAGGGUCAGGGUGGACAAAGGGAGCCCAAAUGAAUUCAACACAUACAGGAAGGUCAUGAGAAGUAUCAAGGACAACAUCACUGAAGAUGUAUUGUUGAAUGAGAUCAAUGAGAUCAUCCGCCUUCCAAUGUACGCUGAUAGGAUACAGAACGAAAGCAAAGUGCAUAAUGCAUCACGUCGUAGGUGAACAAGUUGUUCGAUAAAUGAAGUGCUAUUCUUCGGGCAAAGCUACUUUUCAGCAGCGCCUACAGUUGGUGAAAUACGAAAUGGAACAAGAGCAAGAAUCAGCAAACGAGGAACGUCGGAGGUAAACCGAUCUGUGGGUGCGCCGUGGCGUCUGGUCAUUACGUUGAAAGUGAUUCCCGAAGAAUCAUCUCCCGUUUUCUAUUCUUCUUUUGGCAGUCUUUUUAGGUGAUAGGAAUAGUUAUAGGAUAAUGGUCCUUUGUAUAUUAUUGUUAUCAGCUGCAGUUGCGUUAAAUAGUAGUUGGUAAAUUUGUUCAAAAGAAGUGUAGAUUUUAGGAUAAAAAAUUUAAUUUUGAAUCAAUCUGUUAUUGUGAAUAUAGACUGUAGUUGAACUUGACUCAUCUAUUGUCAGCUUGUUUGCGUGAGAGUAGACGAGAUUCUUUAAAUGUGCUGACCGAAUUACCGCAA